GUGUCGAUUUGUUUUCCCAUUCCCAGAGUAUGUACGUAUGGAAAUGGAUUUAAUGUGUCUAAACAAUUAAUAAAAACAUUAAAAAUGGGGAACGCUGACACAAAAUUAAACUUUCGGAAAGCUGUGGUCCAGUUGACAUCGAAAACCCAGCCUAUCGAUGCGUCGGAUGAUAGUUUCUGGGACCAGUUCUGGUCGGAGAGCGUGACUAACGUGCAGGAUGUGUUCGCGCUGGUGCCGGGGGCGGAGAUCCGGGCGCUGCGCGAGGAGUCCCCCAAUAAUCUGGCAACGCUCGUGUACAAGGCUGUCGAGAAGCUCGUGAAGACCGUCGACAGCAGCUGCCGCACUCAAAGAGAACAGCAGAUCGCCUUAAACUGCGCGCGACUGCUUACACGGGUGCUCCCGUACAUGCUAGAGGAGCCCGAAUGGCAGAGCUUCUUCUGGUCCUCGCUGCCGGCUGCGGAGAACGAGUCUGUGCCGCUGGCACAGUCCCUCAUCAAUGCUGUUUGUGACCUGCUGUUUUGCCCAGACUUCACUGUGGCGAGCACACGCCGCUCUGGACCGGAGCGCGCCGAGGAACUGUCUUCCCUCGACAGCUGCGAGUACAUCUGGGCGGGCGGGGUCGGGUUUGCGCGCGCGCCGCCGCGCUGCGCCGCGCACGAGGCCGCGCGGACCGAGCUACUCCGGCUCUUACUGACGGCCUUCAGUGAGACCGUGUAUAAGCCACCACACCAAACACACCAUAACAAGUGGAUCGCGUACUUGACAAGCCCAGACAACCGGCACGCCCUGCCGCUGUUCACGUCCCUAUUAAACACAGUAUGCUCCUACGAUCCGGUGGGGUUAGGGCUGCCCUACAACCAUCUACUCUUCAGUGACACGCUGGAACCUCUGGUCGAGGUUGCUUUGCAAAUUUUAAUCGUUACCCUGGACCACGACACAAGCAACGCUAUGAAUGAAGAUUCUGACGAGGCCCUCCCAGACAACCUAUUCAUCAACUACCUCUCCCGCAUCCACCGCGAUGAGGACUUCGCCUUCGUGCUGCGCGGCGUCACCAGAUUGCUGAACAACCCCCUGGCUCAAACAUACCUGCCUAAUUCGGCCAAGCGGGUUGCCUUACACCAGGAGUUACUCGUUCUGUUCUGGAAGAUGUGCGACUAUAACAAGAAAUUUAUGUACUACGUGUUGAAGAGCAGCGACGUAUUGGAAGUGCUUGUGCCAAUCUUGUACCACCUCAACGACUCGCGCGCUGAUCAGUCCCGAGUUGGCCUGAUGCACAUCGGCGUGUUCAUACUCCUGCUCCUCUCCGGCGAGCGAAACUUCGGCGUGCGACUCAACAAGCCUUACACCGCCACCGUGCCCAUGGACGUGCCUGUCUUUACCGGGUCUCAUGCUGAUCUACUAGUACUUGUGUUCCACAAGAUAAUUACAACCGGGCAUCAGCGUCUGCAGCCGCUGUUUGACUGUCUGCUUACUAUACUUGUCAAUGUAUCGCCGUACCUGAAAACGCUCUCGAUGGUAUCGUCGAGCAAACUCCUGCAUUUGUUGGAAGCCUUCGGCACGCCCUGGUUCCUGUUUUCGGCGCCGCAGCAUCACCACCUAGUGUUCUUCCUGCUCGAGAUGUUCAACAACAUCAUUCAGUACCAGUUCGAUGGCAACUCGAACCUGGUGUACACGAUAAUUCGCAAACGGGCUGUGUUCCACGCGCUCGCCAACCUGCCGCACGAGCACACCGCCAUCGCGCGCUCGCUGCAAGCCACCCACGACAAACUGCCCAGGUCGACGAGUGCCGAGUCGGUGGCGGAGCUCGCCAUGGAGGGGUCGCGGCCCGCGCAGCCCGCCGAGCCCGGCACGCUCAACGCGACGUUGCCAGAUACACCCGCAAUCGCAGCAAUGACGGAGCGCGAGUCGGCGCACCCUAGCGCCCAACAGCUGGAGAACACGCGCUCCCUGCUGGAGAGCCGCAGCGGCGGCGACGGCGAGGACUGCGAGCCGGACGCCAUCACCGACGGGGAGGAGACACUGCGGCCGAGGACACAUCGGGACAGUAUAAAAUCCACAACCAGCAUCCGCAGUCCGACCACAGACGGGUGGCGAGCCAGCGCCGAGUGGGUCGCCAGCUGGCGGAGCAAGCUGCCCCUGCAGACCAUCAUGAGGCUGCUGCAGGUCCUGGUGCCGCAGGUGGAGAAGAUCUGCAUCGACAAGGGCCUGACGGACGAGUCGGAGAUCCUGCGUUUCCUGCAGCACGGCACGCUGGUCGGACUCCUGCCCGUGCCGCACCCCAUCCUCAUCCGCAAGUACCAGGCCAACGCCGGCACCGCGGCCUGGUUCCGCACCUACAUGUGGGGCGUCAUAUACAUACGGAACGUGGACCCGCCAAUAUGGUACGACACGGACGUGAAACUGUUCGAGAUCCAACGAGUUUGAGCGACGUCACGUGGCAGCUGAGUAUUUAUUGUGUAUCCUGCAAAUGCGAGCCAGUUAGU